GGAAGCACGUGUUUGGUCGAUGCUCCACAUGCGCGCGCACGCUCAUUGCUCCCAGCGCGAGACGGUUGGUUCGACGUUAACGAGCAGCAACCGGAGGACGGCGAGCAGCGGGAUGCAGUGCGAGGAGUCCGGUCUCGGGGAGGAGUGCGGGGUUUUCGGCUGCGUGGCUGCGGGAGAGUGGCCCACGCAGCUGGAGGUGGCGCAGGUCCUCACCCUGGGGCUCGUGGCCUUACAGCACAGGGGUCAAGAAAGUGCUGGCAUUGUCACAAGUAAUGGAGCCACCUCACCCACAUACACAAGCCACAAGGGCAUGGGAUUAGUGAGCUCUGCUUUCCCACCCGAGGCUCUUCUGAAGCUGCGUUAUGGGAACCUUGGUAUUUGUCACACACGCUAUUCAACCACUGGGAUCUCGGAGCUGCAGAACUGCCAGCCCUUUGUGGUGGAUACACUGCACGGCAAGAUCGCUGUGGCACACAACGGGGAGUUGGUUAACUCCCGCGCUCUUCGGAAGAAGGUGAUGCGUCAUGGUGUGGGCCUCUCCACCGGCUCAGACAGUGAGCUCAUCACUCAGCUGCUGGCUUUGACUCCGCCCAUGGAGGAGCUGGACACACCUGACUGGGUUGCAAGAAUUAAAAACCUGAUGACUGAAACCCCCACGUCAUACUCGCUGCUGAUCAUGUUCAAAGACGUCAUCUAUGCGGUGCGUGACCCUUAUGGAAAUCGUCCCCUCUGCAUUGGAAGACUUGUUCCCAUCUCUAAACUCUACAGUACAGGUGCAGAAGAGGAGGACACUGAAGGGUGGGUUGUAUCGUCAGAGUCCUGCAGCUUCCAGUCCAUCGGUGCCAAGUAUUACAGAGAGGUCUUACCAGGAGAGAUUGUGCAGAUAUCCAAGCAUGGAGUCCGGUCUUUGAGCAUUGUGCCCCGCCCUGGAGGAGACCUGCCUGCCUUCUGCAUUUUUGAAUAUGUUUAUUUUGCCAGACCAGACUCAAUUUUUGAAGGACAGAUGGUGUAUACUGUGAGGCAGCGCUGCGGUCAGCAGUUAGCCAUUGAAGCUCCAACAGAGGCUGACGUGGUCAGUACUGUGCCCGAGUCUGCAACCCCUGCUGCUCUGGGCUACGCUCAGCAGUCAGGUCUUCCCUACAUGGAGGUUCUGUGUAAGAACCGCUAUGUUGGCAGAACAUUUAUUCAGCCAAACACGCGCUUGAGGCAGCUUGGAGUGGCCAAGAAAUUUGGGGUUCUGACAGACAACUUUGCGGGGAAACGAGUGGUGCUGAUUGAUGACUCCAUCGUCAGGGGCAACACGAUCUCCCCCAUCAUCAAACUGCUGCGAGAAGCUGGUGCAACAGAGGUCCAUAUCAGAGUGGCGUCUCCUCCCAUCAAGUUCCCCUGCUACAUGGGCAUCAACAUCCCAACCAAAGAGGAGCUCAUUGCCAACAAGCCAGAGUUCAAGGACAUUGCUGGUUAUAUUGGAGCGGACAGUGUUGCAUAUCUAACUGUGGAGGGCCUCAUCUCGGCUGUUCAGGAGGGAGUUGCCUCCUUCCAAGAGAGCAAGAUCAGAUCCAGUGGCAUCUCUGGCCAGACUGUGGGUCACUGCACCGCCUGCCUGACGGGGAAAUACCCCGUGGAGCUGGAGUGGUAACUCUACCACCACGAGCAGCUGGAGCGACAACAGAACUGUCACGAUGGGAGUGCAAGCUUCCUCAGCAGGACAAGCCGCAGCCUCGAGUGUCAGUCCUACCGUCCACAUCUGUUGCACAGCUGCAGGCGAACUGUUCCUGCAGCCGUCAUUUAGCUCCAAACUGCACGUGGAGACGGCCGAGGUUUGCAGCUCUGGAACAUUUGAACCUGCUCUCGCUGCAUGCUGCGAUUACAGGAGCACUUCUCUGGACACAUCGUGACGUCUUUGUACCUCUUUAUGUUCAACUGAAACCAGCUUCACUUCAUGCAAUUUACACUCAAGUAGUCAGAAAUUAGAGUUAGGUGUCAGAAAGCACACGAGACAAGUGACCAAAGAGUAAGAACUUUAUUUUAUUGAACAAUAAACAAACAUGCUGUAUUUUUAAUAUCUGUUUGACGUUUAAAAAUUAAGUGUACACUAUAUUGUAACAAACAGAAUGCAUUGAGAACGUGUUCUGUCUUUAAGUGUUGGUUUUUUUAUGAAACAAAUGCAGACACAACCAGAUUAAAAAUAGUAUCUAAUAAAAGUUCACAUGUACAAUGUAUACUUUUUAAACCAUCAUGCAGUUUGAAAAUGCUGCAGGAUUGUAGGAUGAACACUGGAACAGUCUCUUACUGGUUUCUGUUAAGAAAAACUGGGCAAGAAGAACAGGGGGGGGGACCAGCUUUCAACUCCAUCUUCGUCAGCGAGGGGAGUAGCCACCGACCACUGUAUCCUCACCUGUUAAAAGCAUUAAAGUGUGAUUAAUCCUAACGUAAUUUAGAAACGGUCACUUGGUGCGGCCACGCUUCUUUUCUGUUCUCUGAAAACAGUUUGGGUCGACACCAAAGCAACGAGACUGGAGAGCAACAGUUCUUUUAUUUACAGAUGUUUGCAUCUGCAGCAGGUAUUGGUAUGAUUUGUAAUGAAAGACAUUUUUCAGUAUUUGUCUUGAAGAGAUGACUUGGUGAAGAAAAACGAGCUGCAGCUGGUGAUGUCAGCGACGGGCCAGAGGGCGGACUGGACUGGACUGGGAUUAAAAACCAAGACCAGCUUUUCAAAAGUUCAGAGAAGUUUAUGGACUGAUGAGGCCAAC